GAGUGAACGAGGCAAUUGUGGUCACAAUUGAUCAGUGUGAGCUUCAAAGGGACUCUACGCAGUAGUGCCAUCAAUUUUGGCCACGCCGCACCACCGCUGGCUCGCCGCAGCGAUCACACUACAGCUGCCAAAAAGUGCACCGCCUCAGCGCCGUCGACGCACGGCGCAGUAAUCAGGCGUCGCCGCACGGCACCAGCGUCGACCGCAGUAAUAAGGCGUCGCAGCGACCGCAACGAUGACAAGCCCCGCCACGAGCCCCAAAGACGACCACCACUGUUUUUAUGCCACGUUGGAUCAACAGAGCGCUCAGACAUAUGCACGAUCAAAAACACCAUAUUGCGACACGGUACUGCUCACUUCCGUGCGGUCCAUCUGGAUGCCGAAGAUGUCCUGCUGGCUGCUGUGCGUGGCGGUCGGCCUCUGGGCGACGACGUGCCCCGCGCCGACGGUGGUGCAGGCGUUGCUGAGCGCGGGCGGCGCCGUCGGCGGCCUGACCGUCGGCCGGCGCUGCGAGGACGACUGGUACGGCCUGCCCCAGGACGUCGCGAACGAUAGGGCCGCGUUCGCCUUCUCGAUUAACUUCGUCGGCGCGCUCGUCGCGGUCGGCGCGACGCUCUGCGUCCAGUUUCUCUCGGGCUUCGACUACGGCUAAGGGUC